GCUGGAGUUGUGACGGCGCACUUGAGAGGAGGUCAGGUGCUCGGAGACGAAAGCCGACCACGACGAUCAGAGCGACUUGAAGCAGUUUUCAUUGUCACUGAUCAAGCAGCACACGACCAGUCAAGAUGUUCUUCGACCAGAUGAAUGCCCGUUUUGAGGAUGUGCCGACGGAUGGCGGCAUUGCCACUGAGCCGUUCCUCGACGCCUGUGCUGCCCUAGUUCCCAUCUUUGACGCCUUGGGCUCCACGGCAUUUGCGCCGAUCAAGUCAGACAUUAACGGCAACAUUAAGAAACUACGCGGCUGGCAUGAGAAGGAUCCGGCAGGCACUGCUACUCUUGAGGGCAUGGUCACCAAGGAGAUUGACGCCAAGACCACCACGGCGUCGGGCUCUGCUACUGAUGCUUUGCUGUGGCUCAAGCGAGCGCUCUCUUUUAUCUCUGUCUUUCUGCGUGAAUUGGUUGCCGGGGCUGAACCUGCCACUGCGGCUACGACAGCCUAUGGCGAGACCCUGCGCAAAUACCACAAUUUUCUUGUGCGCGGCAUUUUUUCUGUGGCCAUGCGCGCUUGUCCCACUCGCAAGAAACUCAUGGACACGUUGGCCGGCGAUUCGGGCGCGGAUGAUGCCGGCGUAGUAGAGCGCAUUCGCCAAUUCCAGACGUCGUUUGAUCCACAGCUCGCGCAGAUUGAUGCCUUUUACCAAAAGAAUGCCUUGGACAAUUAAGCUGAAUCAGUC